AUGGCGCGGGGACCGAACCUGUUUGUCGAAGGCGUUUGGUUGAACGGUGUUCCCUUCUGGUGGGAUGCGCUGAGUCUCUUCGUCUCUACUAACAACGUUUUUCUUGUUUCCAACAGGAAACACAGACUGACAAGAACUCAAAGUGCCUUUUCCCCGGUUGUGUUCAGCCCCCUCUUCACAGGUGAAACAGUGUCACUGGUGGACGUGGACAUCUCUCAGCGAGGACUGACCUCCCCUCACCCGCCGACUCCACCACCUCCUCCACGGAGAAGCCUCAGCCUGCUAGAUGAUAUCAGUGGGACGCUGCCCGCAUCCGUGCUGGUGGGUCCGAUGGGCUCCUCUCUGCAGUCUUUCCCUCUGCCUCCGCCUCCUCCGCCCCACGCCCCAGACGCCUUCUUUUUUCCAGCGGAGGUGAUGCCCGGCCAGCCUGCCCCGCACCCGCAGUGCCCGCUCUACCGCCCGGACUCCAGCAGCUUCGCGGCCAGUCUGCGGGAACUGGAGAAGUGCGGGUGGUACUGGGGACCGAUGAACUGGGAGGACGCAGAGAUGAAGCUGAAGGGGAAACCGGAUGGGUCCUUUCUGGUCCGAGACAGUUCUGACCCCCGUUACAUCCUGAGCCUCAGCUUUCGGUCGCAGGGCAUCACCCAUCACACCAGGAUGGAGCACUACAGAGGGACCUUCAGCCUGUGGUGCCAUCCCAAGUUUGAAGACCGCUGCCAGUCCGUGGUGGAGUUCAUAAAGAGAGCAAUCAUGCACUCCAAAAACGGGAAGUUUCUCUACUUCCUCCGAUCCAGGGUUCCAGGUCUCCCUCCAACGCCUGUCCAGCUCCUGUACCCAGUCUCCAGGUUCAGCAACGUCAAAUCCCUCCAGCACCUUUGCCGCUUUCGGAUCAGGCAGUUGGUCCGGAUAGAUCACAUCCCUGAGCUCCCACUGCCCAAGCCCCUCAUCUCCUACAUCCGCAAGUUCUACUACUACGACCCGCAGGAGGAGGUGUACCUGUCGCUGAAGGAAGCUCAGCUCAUCUCCAAACAGAAGCAGGAGACCGAACCGUCCACGUAG